CCAUACCCUUACCCUCAUCUUGACCAUAACCCUUACCUAACUCUAAACUUAACCUUAACCCCUACCUUAACCGUUUUAAAUUUAAACUUAAAUUGGGUGACGUCAGAGUUCAGAGUCCUCACAAGGAUCCCGUUUAGACAUCUUAGUUUUUUAGUAUCUCCCUUUGAGUUUACGAGAUCUCCCCCCGAAUCCUGAGCGAGGCAGUCACCGAAACGAGAGGCGAUACCCUCCUGCACAACAUGGCUACAAUUGUAACCUCGACCAGAUUUACAGACGAAUAUCAGCUGUACGAGGAGCUCGGAAAGGGCGCCUUCUCCGUUGUCCGGCGAUGCGUUAAAAAGUCCAACGGCCAGGAAUUUGCUGCUAAAAUUAUCAACACGAAAAAACUCUCAGCAAGAGAUCAUCAAAAACUGGAACGAGAGGCCCGCAUCUGUCGCCUGCUCAAACAUCCCAACAUAGUACGACUACACGAAAGUAUCUCAGAGGAAGGCUACCAUUACCUUGUCUUUGACCUUGUCACCGGUGGAGAGCUGUUUGAAGACAUUGUUGCCAGAGAGUAUUACAGUGAGGCCGAUGCCAGCCAGUGUAUCAAUCAGAUCCUGGAGAGUGUCCACCACAUGCACCAGCAUGACAUUGUGCACAGGGACCUCAAGCCAGAAAACCUGCUCCUGGCCAGUAAGCUGAAGGGAGCUGCAGUGAAGUUGGCUGACUUUGGGCUGGCCAUCGACGUGCAGGGAGACGAGCAAGCAUGGUUCGGUUUUGCAGGCACUCCAGGCUACCUCUCUCCAGAGGUCUUGAGGAAGGACCCCUACGGCAAGCCGGUGGAUAUCUGGGCCUGUGGUGUUGUCCUGUACAUUCUCCUGGUGGGCUACCCUCCCUUCUGGGAUGAAGAUCAGCACAAGCUCUAUCAGCAGAUCAAGGCUGGGGCCUACGAUUUCCCCUCCCCAGAGUGGGACACAGUGACCCCCGAAGCCAAGAACCUGAUCAACCAGAUGUUGACCAUCAACCCUGCCAAGAGGAUCACUGCUGACCAGGCUCUCAAGCACCCAUGGAUCUGUCAACGUUCCACAGUGGCUUCCAUGAUGCACCGACAAGAGACUGUGGAGUGCCUGCGCAAGUUCAACGCCAGGAGAAAACUCAAGGGAGCCAUCCUCACCACCAUGCUGGUGACCAGAAACUUCUCAGUGGGCCGACAGCACACCAGCCCUGCGGCCACCACCAGCACAGCUGCUCUUGCUUCAGAAGCAUGCAAAAGUUUACUCAACAAGAAGUCGGAUGGUGGAGUGAAGCCGCAGACAAACAACAGUAAAAACAGUGUAGUGAGCAGUACCAGCAGCACCAAAGACAGCAGCAUAUCAUCUUCAGCACCAAUGGAACCACAGACCACUGUCGUGCACAACCCAGCUGACGGCACCAAGGGCUCUACAGAGAGCUGUAACAUCACAGAAGAGGAGGAUGUGAAAGGUAGGAAAGCUCGCAAACAGGAGAUCAUCAAGAUUACUGAGCAGCUGAUUGAGGCCAUCAACAACGGAGACUUCGAGGCUUACACGAGAAUCUGUGACCCCGGACUAACCUCGUUUGAACCUGAGGCUUUGGGAAACCUGGUGGAGGGCAUGGACUUCCACAAGUUCUACUUUGAGAACUUGUUGAGUAAGAACAGCAAGCCGGUCCACACCACCAUCCUGAACCCCCAUGUGCACCUGAUUGGGGAGGACGCGGCCUGCAUCGCCUACAUCCGCCUGACCCAGUACAUCGACAGCCAGGGGCGCCCGCGCUCCUGCCAGUCAGAGGAGACCCGCGUGUGGCACCGCCGCGAUGCCAAGUGGCUCAACGUGCAUUUCCACUGUUCAGGAGCGCCUGCCGCACCUCUCCAGUGAACCUUUAUCAGACACAGCUUUGCCUGAAUUCUGAAGCCGAUUGGAGCAUUUUCUCAGUGGUCGGAUUGGCGCCAAGAGCCCUGCCAGAAGAGAUCGCUUGGAAGUUUAAAAUCUAAGGGGAAAAUAUAACAAAAUAAAAUAUUUUAAAGCCGACCGACUGACAACACCACCACCACCAAUCCAGUCCAACCCUAGCUAUAUGUUGGGGGCCGGCUGUAGCUGAAGCCCUGCCCUCCGGACGGUGCAUGCUUCUGACGCCCACAGGGGGGCGCUGUCUUGUCCUUUUCCAUGGAUCCAUAUUUUUUUGCAGUUUUGAAAGGUGUUUAAAGUAUUAACAUAUGUCAAAUAAAUUAUCAAAAAACCUUCACAUUUAUUCAGCAGGUAUGGUAGUAAUGAUUAAAGAAAAUAAAUGUGAAUUUUCUAUAAAAAAAAAUAGAAAAAGGAGAACACCCUAAUUUUUGUGGAGGUUGUUUUUUUGUUUUGUUUGUUUCACAGUUAACAUAUCUAAUUAUUUCUGUUGUUGGAUGCAAACAAAUGCUAGAAGGGAACAUUUCUGAAAAACAAAAAGCUUGAUUCAAUCCGUAUCGCAGGUUCAGCGCUAUGGCGCGAUUGAAAUAUAAAGGUCAUUUUUAUGAUUGAGCUGACCGAUGCAGCGUUUGCCCUGAAUGCAGUCUCCAUGAACGUGAGCACAUUGCCUUUAAAUUUCAAACGCGUGCUGAACUUCCGCGAUACGAAUUGAACCAAGCUCUAAAUUGUUACUUACAGUAAUAUCAACAUUUUAGACAUUGUUUUAAUGUAGAUGUUAUCUUUUUAUGGGUCGGGUGCGUUGCAGAAGGGACUCUGUUUUUUAGUAUUCUGAUGUGUUAUUGUGGACCUCUUCAUUUUUAUCCCCUGAAUGAUGCUGUAUUUGAAAGUAUUUUGUGUGUGAAGAUUUUUUUUAAUGGGGACUUUAUUUAAUAUAGUAAUGUAUACAUUCAUAUUUAUAAGGAGAAAGACUUUACUUUCAGGGUUUGGAUGCGUGUGUGAGAGUGAAGAUGUGUUCUCAUGUCCCUAUAGCUCCCUUUUCAAGCUCGUUUGCGCUUUGAGAUCCCCAGUGUAUAUGCACACAUGCAUGCUCACACAAGGCCCAAAAUCAAGCUCACUGUGCUGUGCCCUUUGGGUAUGUAGACCAGCUAGCUCCUCCAGCAACAGGCCACAUUCUCCUGACCAGCACAACCUGAAGUUGCAGAACACUACUAUUGGUUCAGUGUGCCGAGUUUGCCUUCUUCCUUGGGCCACUAGAGGGCACAUGGCACAAUCAAGCCUACUGCUACUAUUCUGACGGAGACCCCAAACCACAAACUCUGAAAGCUCGUACUCUUCUCCUUCCUAUUGUUUUCUACUCUGACUUUAACAUGUUUGAUAAAACAUUUUUGGGGAGAAAUAUGGAAAAAUGUAAUAAAAUCUAAAAUGGCCGGUACUGUUUGGCACAAACUUGAGACUCAAUGCUGUUCUGUUCACUCCCCGGAUGAACGUUUCUGCAACUUCAGGUUAAGCUCACUUACUCCUGGGGUCUCUACCUGUGUUUCUGUAGUUAGUGACCCUGCUAAUCAGCUUUCUAUUAGCGCCACUCAGUGUGAUAUCACCCUUUGCCUGUCUCUCUUGUUCUGGUCCCUGUCCUGUUCUGGAACAUUGUAUAUUGUCCGUCUUCGCUUGCCAUACCUCUCUGUAAAGUCAUUGGCACUAAAAGCAUGUGAAAAUGAAAACGCUGUAAAGUGGGGUGUUGAGUUGGCCAGUGGCUGGUGGUGGCAUGUCGAACAGCUGGCUGGGGAAGGGCCGGGAGGUGGAUCUGGGGGCCACGCUUAAGGCAAUCCAUGGAUUGGUCCCUUUAUCCCGGUUUCAGUUGUAACUGUUCUAGAUGUUAGUGUUUGUACUGUUGGUAUUAUUAUGAAUAAUCCAUUUCUUUUUGAGAUUGGAGCUGGAAAUAUGGGGAGGCAGUUGAGGUGGGGGUUGGGGCUCAGGCAGCUGGCCAAUCACACCCAAGCCUCCCCUGUCCAACCCAAUUCCCACAAUACACAUAUGUGGAAUCAACACACACACAGUGCACUCCCAAUGCAAAUUAUAUUUGAAUAUAUAUAUACACUGAACAAAAAUAUAAACACAACAUGUAAAGUGCUGGUCCCAUGUUUCAUGAGCUGAAAUAAAGAUCCCAGAAAUGUUCCAUACUCACAAAAAGCUUAAAUAUCUCAAAUGUUGAGGACAAAUUUGUUUACAUCCCUCUUAAUGAGCAUUUCUCCUUUGCCAAGAUAAUACAUCCGCCUGACAGGUGUGGCAUAUGAAGAAGCUGGUGCUCCCUGUGCUGUGGACAAUAAAAGGUCACUCUAAAAUCUGCAGUUUUGUCACAUAACACAAUGUUGAGGGAACAUGCAAUUGGCAUGCUGACUGCAGGAAUGUCCACCAGAGCUGUUGCCAGAAAAUGUCAUGUUCAUUUCUCUAGCAUAACAUUUUAGAGAAUUGGGUAGUAUGUCCAACCGGCCUCACAACCGCAGAACACUUGUAACCACGCCAGCCCUCCUCAUCCUGCUUCUUCACCUAAGGGAUCGAGGGGGCUGCUGCUGAGGAGUGUUCCUAUGUUUUACCAUUAACGGGAGGGAGGGUGCUUCUGAGGAGUAUUUUUGUCUGUAAUAAAGCCUUUUUGUGGGGAAAGAACACUGAUUGGCUGGGCCUGGCUCCCAGUGGGUGGGCCUAUGCUCUCCUCCCAGGCCCACCCAUGGCUGUGCCCCUGCCCGGUCAUGUGAUUAGAGCCUAAUUUAUGUAUAUGAACUGUAACUCAGCAAAAUCUUUGAAAUUGUUGCGUUUAUUUGUUUGUUAUGAGAGACACACACAAAAAUACACACUAAAGACAAUCUCCCUUUAAAAACAUCUUUGUGAUAAUGGUAAAACAUUGGAACACUGUUUUUCACUGUGUUGUAGCAACUUGUGACUUUGUACCGCCAGAGGGGUGAAGCUUGCUGUUAACCCCUUCAUUUCUGUGCUAAGCAGCUCCAUAGUACUGGCGUUCCAUUGAACCUGUGGAAGGCCGGGCACCGAAAAGACAACAACAUACCGAUGAGACUCUUGGUCAUAGAAAAUUAUAUCAAAACAUGUUGAAUGAAACACGUUAAAACAAAACCUGUGCUCGGUGUUCAUAUCAUGGUCAUAACUGGCCCCGCCCACCCUACUGCGCAUUGUGACAUAUCUGCCAUGAAACUGUUUCCCUUUUGCACCAUAAUGCAAUGUAUACAGUACUGAACUGUGUGAUGUUUUUCUGGCUCAAAUAGUUUUUCCUGACUUUGUGCUGUGGGCACUGGCCUCUCUCUCUCCCACUGGGCCUGAUGCUUCCAUUCAUUGCGUCGGUGUUCACACAGCCAUGGGAAUGAGAACUACUAUGCGGUUUACUUCAACUCUUCAAAAUAAAUCAAAGGGAAGAAGAGGAGAGAAAUAGUUAUUGAGGGAAGGAUAGUUAACCUUGGAUUAUACUAUAGCCUACCUAACUAGCUAACAGGACAGGAAGAGGGCCUUGAUAUACUUACAAAAACAAAUACUGAAAAAUACAUUAAAAGCCACACACUUUAACAACUAUAUAUGCAGUUUUACAAGAGAAAGAAAUAUGCAUGUCUACUUUCUGGUAAUAUUUUUCACUGUCUGUGUUUACUUGAUUAAAAAAAUGGAAAUCUAUAUGUUACUUGCAUCCUCAAGGUCAAUGAAAAUGUCUCCGUCUCAAAUAUUGAAAUGAAGUGAUAUCACGUUUAAAAAAAAGUACAAAAAAUAAAAUAAAAAAGGUAUAUUUACUUCAUUGUAAUCAUAUAGUAAGGAUACAUAUGACUAUACUCCGUUUUCAUUUGGAUGCUGGAUUUUUGCAUGACCAUAUAAUAAAUAAAACCAUGACUUAAACGAACAA